UGUCUCUUCCCCUCCAAACGACCUGGCGUUCCUAUGACGCUACUCAUCCAAGGUUAAAGAAGGAAACACGCAUAUAUGAACUCCACGCCAGUCUUCUGCACCGAUACUUUUCCUUCCUUUCCCUCCCUGCUUUUAAACACAGAGUUCUUCUUCUCUUCUCUUUCGUUACUCUUCAUUUCGCUUUUACUGCUUCAAUGGCCACUUUUGGUGCUGCUGCGACUUCAAAUCCAAACCCUAACAAAUCUAUUGAGGUUACACAACCUCCUAGUGACUCAGUUUCUAGUCUCAGUUUCAGUCCCAAGGCCAACUUCUUGGUUGCUACUUCCUGGGACAACCAGGUAAGAUGUUGGGAAAUCACACGGAGUGGAGCCACUGUAGGAAGUGUUCCCAAGGCAUCAAUAUCGCAUGACCAACCAGUUUUAUGCUCCACUUGGAAGGAUGAUGGAACAACUGUCUUUUCUGGAGGGUGUGACAAACAAGUGAAGAUGUGGUCUCUACUAUCUGGUGGUCAACCAGUAACUGUUGCAAUGCAUGAUGCACCAAUCAAAGAGGUUGCAUGGAUUCCAGAGAUGAACAUGUUGGCCACAGGAAGUUGGGACAAGGCCUUGAAGUACUGGGAUUUGAGGCAGCCAAAUCCAGUGCACACUCAACAGCUUCCUGAUCGCUGUUAUGCAAUGACAGUGAGGCAUCCCUUGAUGGUUGUUGGUACUGCAGAUAGAAAUCUCAUAGUCUUUAACCUGCAACAGCCUCAGAAUGAAUACAAGAGAAUCACUUCUCCCUUGAAGUAUCAGACAAGAUGUGUUGCAGCCUUUCCUGAUCAGCAAGGCUUCUUGGUUGGUUCAAUUGAGGGAAGGGUUGGUGUACAUCAUCUAGAUGAUGCACAACAAAGCAAGAACUUCACUUUUAAAUGCCAUAGAGAUGGCAAUGAUAUAUACUCGGUCAACUCCUUAAACUUCCAUCCAGUGCAUCACACAUUUGCAACUGCAGGAUCUGAUGGUGCUUUUAAUUUUUGGGAUAAGGAUAGCAAACAGAGACUCAAGGCCAUGUCACGGUGCUCUCUUCCAAUACCCUGCAGUACUUUCAACAGUGAUGGUUCAAUAUUUGCAUAUUCGGUGUGUUAUGACUGGAGUAAGGGUGCAGAAAAUCACAACCCACAAACGGCAAAGACCUACAUCUAUCUGCAUUUGCCACAGGAGUCUGAGGUUAAAGGCAAACCACGAGUUGGAACAAGUGGUAGAAAGUAGAGCUGCAUAAUAUCAUCAGAGGAAAUAUCGCCUGUUUUUCACUUGAAAAAUGAUGCAUUAUCGCACUGUCAAUACAAGGUUUUGACUUAGGAGUUUUGUGAGUAUUGGCAGGCGUCACUGUUAGUAGAAUUGGCGAUAUAGAUGUAGGUACAUGUUUAUCUCACCUAAAUUUGGAUCCCAAUACAGUGAUCAAUGGCUUAUUGUAGCAUAGAAGUUGGCAAUUCAGCUUGACGUGUAUGGUGAGAUUUCUACAGUAGUUGGUGUCUAGGGUUGAUCUAUGCUUUGCAAGAUUCUGCAGUUUGUCAUGAAAUCUGUUUCGCAAUUCCUUUAUCAGAAGAAAAUCCACUCAAUGAACCAAGUGGGUUUGGUGUAAUGGUGAACAGUGAACGGGCACCAUAGCUCAUAAAUUGGUCAUGUGUUCCAUCCAUGGAAUGAACAGUUUAAGAAUCCACUCAAUGAUCUUAUAGUCUUAUCUCAUGGUAGAAA